AUGGCAAAACCCCAGGACGGUGGAGGGGAUAAGGAUGACGACAAUAAGGGGCGUGUGAUGCUGCUGACGAUUCCUAGUUGGGGUGAUCCUUCGACCGAGUAUCGCGUGUCACUUCGUAGUCGUCCUGCCUUGUGGUCCAAGUUCGCCAAGUUUUUGGGGAGUCAGAGGCAGACCAAAGAGACAAAGAAAGUAGUAAGUACACAGUGUAGUGAUCAUCCUUCCAAGGAAGACCUGGAAUAUCUCCAGAAGCGUCAGUCGAUUGCUCUAUUGCAAGAGCAGUGUUUUGGCUCGGUGGCAUCGGACUACAGCGACGAUGACGCAAGUCUCCUAAGCUACCAUUAUCACCAAGGUACUGUCAACAUCAACACUACUACUAAUAGUUCCACGAAGAAUGGGGCUGGUGAUGUCCACCCUAUUCAGUACGUGUCAGUGCCUCGUCAUUUGGAAAGCAAUCUGAGCCUGGAAGAAUGCUGGGCCGAGACGGCAAGUCUGACGCCCUCUUGCAAAACGCCCAACAAUGCGGAAUUUGAUAUUGAGUUGGAAUUGGCAUCCAUUCAGGCACUGAGGACACGAGACGACGAAACCACGGAUUCGGAAAAGCAACUCCUCGAACAACUCGUACUGUCGUCUCGAAAGAAACGAGCAUUCGUCGGCCAAGAGGAAGAAGACGAUACCACGGAAGAGGACGAAGACUUUGCCUUGUCACCCAGUCCUUUUCUGCAAUUAGACCUUAGCAAGAAUAAGAUCAAGACGAAAACUCAGAGCAACGGAGAAGACACAGACGACGCUCACCAAGAAGCAAUCACUCUACCAUCCCCCGCCACGAACAAGAGUGACGAUCCAGCAAAUCAAGAUCAACCCGACUCCGGUUCACCGCCCCAUCAUCAUCAAAUCCCCCUUACACUCCAACGACGUGGCGUCACCACACCCCAAUUCCAGAAUGUCUUUCAAGAGUUCAUGUACUACUAUCGCUGGGUCGUGGCCGAUAUGCGGGCCCAGGACCAUCUCUUUCGCCAUGAUCAUACAGCCCAUGUACAGGAUCCAACAAAUAAUACGAAUGAACACAUCGUCACGUACUUUCAGCAAACGGAACGCGACGCAAACAAUGGACCCAUUUGCAAUCUAUUGCAAGAAUUUUGGUAUUACUAUCCCAUGGCCAUUGAAAAGUCCAUGGAUCAGUUGGGUCGAUGA